AAAAAAUGCCCCUCGACACUAGCUCUCUCCCCAAGGUCGAGCUUCAUGCUCAUCUUAGCGGCAGCAUCAGUCGAGACUGUCUGCACGCCAUCUGGGAGCAGAGGAGGAGCGCCCAGCCGCACUUUGCCCUCCAGGAUCCGCUCGAUGCUAUCCCGCCGGGCAAGGUCGACUACGACCUGAAGACCUUCUUCCCACUGUUCUCUUCAUACAUCUACGAACUAUGCAGCGACAUCCCAAGCAUCAAGUAUUCUACGUUGUCCGUGCUCGAAUCCUUCCGUUUAGACUGCGUCGUUCAUCUCGAGCUUCGGACCACCCCGCGCGCCAUUCCCGACCAAGGAGUUUCUAGAAGCGCAUACGUCGAGGCCGUUCUCGACUGCAUUCAAGAGCAUAAUGCGCGUCCUGGCAAUGCCAUGCGUUCAAAUCUCAUCCUGUCAGUUGAUCGACGCAACUCGGCUGCAGAAGCCGAGGACGUUGUCGAUCUGGCUAUCGCUUACAAGUCCCGUGGUGUAGUUGGUGUCGACCUCUGUGGCGAUCCAGCAAAGGGCAAUGUGCGCAUCUUCUCCAAAGCAUUCGCACGGGCCAAAGAUGCCGGCUUAAAGCUCACGGUCCACUUUGCAGAAGCACCUGCCUCUUCUACUGAUGAGGAGCUAUGGACGUUGCUCAACUGGCAGCCUGACCGAAUUGGUCAUGUCAUCCACGUGAAGGAAGAGCUUAGGAAGGAAAUCGUAAAGCAAAAGAUUGGCGUUGAGCUUUGCAUAAGCUGCAACGUCCACGCUAAGAUGAUCACAGGAAGUUUCCAAGAUCAUCACUUCGGUUGGUGGAGAGGAUCCGGAGUCGGCGUGGCGCUUUCCACUGACGACGUCGGUGUCUUCUGCAGUCCACUCUCAGCGGAGUAUGCUAUUGCCAUCGAGCACUUCAAUUUGAACAAUAGAGAGGUCAAAGAGCUUUGCACAGGUGUUAUUGACAUUAUCUUCGCGGACGAAGAGGAAAAGGAACGUCUCCGGAGGCUGUACGACUCAUGGGACGGUUGGUAAUAAAGCCCGCGCCCUAAGGGACAUACGAACGCCUCCAUCCCUGAUUCGGUCAUCAGUCGGCGCAUCUGAACAGGGAUGUGGCUGUAUUUGCAGGCGAAAAUAGAAUAGGCGACGGCAAUGAACUGCUCCGACAUACCGAGUACCAUUACUUCAAUUAAUAAUGCAACACUCA